UCUACCUCUGCAUCAUAUGUUCUAUUUUAACAUACCAACCAGUUUUCUCGUAAUGAGUGUUUAAGGAAAACAAAACUAGUGGUGCAACUUUUUUAAUAACAAACUCUACUCAACAUGUCUACGGUAAAUGAACGUAUUGACAAGCUAAAGGAAGAGGCAUCAGAUCUACGAAAAGAAGUUCGUGAACUGAAAGAUACAUUGCAACAACAAAAUGAAUUAAUUAUAAGUCUACUAAAACGACAAAAUGAGUUGCUGCUCGUUGAGGCAUCAUCUAGCACAUCAACCGGACGAAAUGUUUCGGAAUUAAUACGUCGUUUCCCCAUAGCGUCGCUGGAGGAAUUGGAAAAAUACGAUGCUGAGAUCAAUGAAGAGAAUAUGCAACAUAAUAUUCGUAUCAUGCAAAAUCUUUUAGCUCCCCAUGGUCUACCAAAAAACAUAGUUAACGUUCUAACGGACAAAGUCAUUAUGGAAACAAACGUUGAUGGUCACCAUAAUAAGAAAAGACUGCUGAAUUAUGGAAAAUUUAUAGAUGUAAUGUUCCAUGCCUGCAACAAGGAUGGCUAUUCCAAAAAGGAGUUUCUCAAUGCACUAAGAAAAGCAUUGAAAAAUUCAAAAAAUCGCUGCCACAAGAACAAUUGUGUAGCUCGACAAAAGUUACGUGAAUGCAAUACGGUGGCGGAAGUGCCAAUGGAUAUAAUAAAAACGGAAGAAAUAUUUUUUGAUUAAAAUAAAAAAGUUUUUUAAAUAUUGGGUUGCCCAAAAAGUAAUUGCGGAUUUUUUUAAAAGAAAGUAAAUGCAUUUUUAAUAAAACUUAGAAUGAACUUUAAUCAAAUAUACUUUUUUUACACUUUUUUUCUAAAGCAAGCUAAAAGUAACAGCUGAUAACUGACAGAAGAAAGAAUGCAAUUACAGAGUCAAAAGCUGUGAAAUUUGUCAACGCCGACUAUAUGAAAAAUCCGCAAUUACUUUUUGGGCAACCCAAUAGUCAUAAAUUAUACCAAAAAAGUACAAAAAAAAAAAAAGAAUACGAAAUUAAAUGACAUGGGUAUAGUUCAUAUGCUGCCUAGAGGAAAAACACGAAUGAUAAAAAAAUAAUUAAAUAUACAAUAACUUGUAUUGAUCUUAGAAUAUAAGGGCUGUGUACAUAAAUUUCCAUAUCUUAAAUUAAAAAUCUAACAAAUAACAA